AUGUCUGCUGCUGCCAGCUGUCUGCUGACUGAAGAUCAGUUUCUGUGCUCCAUCUGUCUGGAUGUGUUCACUGAUCCAGUCACCAUACCAUGUGGACACAACUUCUGCAAAACCUGCAUCACUAAACACUGGGAUAUUAAUGUCCCCUAUCAGUGUCCCAACUGUAAAAAUGUUUUCUACACAAGACCUGAGCUGCAGCUGAACACUUUCAUCUCUGAGAAGGCUGCUCAGUUCAGACAGUCAGCUCAACAGAAAGCCAGCAGCAGCAGCUCAGAGCAGCAAGUUUCUGAACCAGCAGAAGUUCCCUGUGACGUCUGCACUGGAACCAAACUGAAGGCCCUGAAGUCCUGCCUGGUGUGUCUGGAGUCCUACUGUGAGACUCACCUGGAGCGUCAUCUGACAGCGUCAGGCCUGAAAAGACAUCAGCUGAUCGACCCUGUGGAGAACCUGGAAAGCAGGAUGUGUACGGAGCACGAUAAACUGCUGGAGCUGUUCUGUAAGACCAACCAGACGUGUGUCUGCAUGCUCUGCACCAUCUCAGACCACACGACACACAAUGUUACUCCUCUGAAAGAAGGAUAUGAAGGAAAGAAGGCCGAGCUUGAGGGUGAAAUUCAUCAGAUGAUACAGGAGAGAGAGUUGAAGAUUGAGGAGAUCAAACACUCAGUGGAGCUCAGUAAGGAAGAUGCAGACAGAGAGACAGCAGAUGGUGUUCAGGUCUUCACCGCUCUGAAGGAGUCUGUUGAGAGAAGCCAGGCCGAGCUCAUCGACACGAUCAAAGAGAAGCAGAGAAAGACAGAGAAACAGGCUGAAGGCUUCAUAAAAGAGCUGGAACAGGAAAUCUCUGAACUGAAGAAGAGAAGCACUGAGGUGAAGCAGCUCUCACAGUCUGAAGACCACCUCCACCUCCUCCAAAGCCUCCUGUCUCUGAAUGCUGCUUUACCCACAAAGGACUGGACAGAACUCAGCGUCCGACCACUUCAUGAGGGGACUGUAAGUAGAGCUCUGCAUCAGUUGGAGGAGACACUCAAUGAAGAGAUAAGAAAAGCACUAAAAACUGAGCUGAAGAGGGUCCAGCAGUCUGCAGUGGAUGUGACACUUGAUGAUGAUACAGCAUAUCCAAAACUCAUUGUGUCUCGUCAUGGAAAACAAGUCCAACAUGGUAAUGAAUGGAAACAUCUCCCAGACAAUCUGGAGAGAUUUAAUAGAAGUGCUUAUGUCUUAGCAAGGCAGAGUUUCUCUUCAGGGAGAUUUUAUUAUGAGGUUUACAUUAGUUGGUAUACUGACUGGACAUUAGGAGUGGCCAGAGAGUCGAUCAACAGGAACUGGAACAUUGAUUUGAGCCCUUCGAAAGGGUACUGGACAAUAGGUUCAAGGAAUAAAGAUGAGUACAAAGCUUUUACUGACCCUCCAGUCCGUCUCUCUCUGAAGUCUCGGCCUGGGAAGGUGGGGGUGUUUGUGCAUUAUGAGGAGGGUCUGGUCUCCUUUUAUCAUGUUGAUGCUGCAGCUCUUAUCUACUCCUUUACUGGCUGCAGCUUCACUGAGAAACUCUACCCAUUCUUUGGUAUCAGUGACAAUGAAACAUCUACUCAUCUGUUUAUCACUCCUGUCUAGAGGUGUAGUGGUACAAAAAAAAUCAUGGUUUGGUAUGUACCUUGGUUUUUGGUUAUAAUACUUCUUUAGUUUCAGCAUGGAAAAAAAAAUAAUGAUAAUCAUAAUUAAUUCAUUUAUCAUCCUUUACCUCUUAUCCAAACGUGAGUCGCGAGGGGCUGGAGCCGAUCCCAGCUGACACUGGGCGAGAGUCGGGGUACACCUGUACAGGUCAGACCUUCACAGUGCUGACACAUAGAGACAGACAACCAUCCAUGCUCAUAUAUAUCACUCCGACAGGCAAUCCAACCUGAGCUUUCUUACCACUAUAUACCACUAUAUUUGAAAUAUCAAUACAUCCCUACUUCUCAGCCACACUGAGCAGAACAACCAUUUGAUUUUCUACUAUUUGUCAUUUAAUGCAAAGAAAAUGUAAAUAUUAAACAUAUUCUGUGUAUUUUUUGUUUUCAUCAGAUGCUGAUUAAUAAUGUGCUGCUUUAAUUUUUUCUUUUUUAAUGUUUUGAUAUUACUCCAUAUACAGUUAGUCUUUAUUCUGUGUUACGUGUAGUCUGGGCUUUUUCAUUCUGUUUAGUUUUUCUUAAGAUUCAUUACGUUGCUUCCCAUUUAUCGCCCUCUUUAUAUACUUUAACCUCAUACAGUCUAAUAUAAAGUAAAGACAAGUUUCUCUUCCAUGUUUUUCAUCAGUAAUCCCACCAUCCCCAUUCCACCUGAUAUUAAUUGGAUUAAUAGAUUGGCACUGUGUCUCUGUGUACUUCAGGCUCCUCCUGCUGUUGUCUGAAGUAUCUCUGGGACAAUACCACUUUUAGACAGUAAAUGACAGAAAGCACACUCUAAUUUGACUGAAAGCCUACGUAAGACAAAUUAUUUAAAAACUUUAGCUUUAAAGCUUUAAAAGCGUUAAAAACAAACUAAUUGAGAGGGGAUCGAUCAACAAGUCAGUCAUUUCUACAGCAAGUAAUGAAAUAAAUGUAAACAUUAUAGAAAAACAAGAAAAUGUCACUCACUAAUUAUGAUCAUUUCUUUUUUCUUGUAAAUAAUGUCUAUACUGUGUUAUUAACUCAUUAUUAAUCUAUUAAAACCAUUGUCAUAUAUGUGACUCUGUCUCUGUUCAGGUGACCAGAAAUUA